UCAGAAGUUCUGACAAAACUUUAAUCCACCCCCCACUCUCCCCCUUUCUCCACUACAGGAUGGCCACAGUGCCAGGUUGCAUGCCGGCGACUGCCGAUCACUUCAUUUUUCACGGCAACCGCUUUUCUCUUUCCUUUUUCUUCUUCAAUUCUCAUCUCUCUCCUUCUUCUAUAUUCUCUCUUUUUUCUUUUUGUCUCAAAGAAAAGCAGAUUUUGGACCAGUAAUCAACAAUCCACACUUGCCUCACCGACCUUCAUCGGACUGAAAACUCCAAAACCGUCGAUCAAACCCCUUUAGCAUCGGGAUACGCGUCCGUUGUGGAGAAUCGAGCCAUGCGAACAGGAAAAAAAAAUAAAGCCUGCUGCAUUCACCGCAUCACAGCUGGAACCGCUUCGUCAACAUCAUAAUACUCUCUUUUAUCAUCUCAUCUGCCUUAAUUUCCUUUACCUUGUGUCCUUCUUCUCAUCUGAGAGAGCGUCGUCUCAAGAUCCUUCUCCUUCUCCGGCUUUGAAGUGUCUGUGCAGUCAUAGGUUUCAAGUAAAAUCAGAUAAGAUUUGAAUAUUGAUGAUGGAGCACGAGUCUGGAAGGUGCAGAAGGACCGAUGGAAAGAAAUGGAGAUGUAGUAAGGAAGUACUUCCAGAACAGAAAUAUUGCGAAAGUCAUAUUCACCGAGGCCGAAAACGCUCAAGAAAGUAUUCAGAAGUUUCUCUUGAUUCUAUAAGCACCGCAACCUCCACUAAACAUCCUAUUAAUGUUACCAAUACAAUUACUAAGCUUUCUGAAUCUCUCUUAGUUAAUAAUGUAAAGAAAAAUGCCAAUGUCAACGACAUUGAUAGAAAAGAGGAUAAUAAUGUUCAAAGCUUGUUUGCUAGUGGUCAAAAUUUCAAUUUGGACUACAAAAACGUCGAUGAGAAGAGAAAGAGAGGUGAAAAUGGAUAUGGUGAUGCGAAAAGUUCUGAAUGUAAUAACGUUGUCAGAAACAAGUUCAAUCUAGAAAGUAUGAACAAAGGAGAGAAGAGUAAUACCAACGUUGAAGCUCUGGUAACUGGUUUCCUUCCCAGAAGCAAUCUCCACGUUGGAGGAAUGAGCAUAAAAAGAAACAAAAUCCCAUUGACUGAAGAAACGAGAUGCAGAAGAACAGAUGGAAAGAAAUGGAGGUGUAGCCGAGAAGUAAUGACGAACCAGAAAUAUUGUGCUAGCCACAUGCACAGAGGAGCUAAAAGAAUUAUUACAAAUGGGUCAUCAUCAGAGUCAGUCAGAUCAAGAUCAACCGUGUAUUUCCCUGUUGCAGUGGCAAAAAGAGAAGAAGACGAAGUUGAAGAAGAAAAUGGAGUGAACACGCGGCUGUGCAUAUCGCCUGCAAUUAUGAAUCUCGAACUAAUGAGAAGAAGUCCGACCCACAGUAAUGGUAGCAGUAGCGAUGCCACAACCAUUACUGAUGAGAAUGGUUGUGUUUGUCCAUAGAAGAAGGUUGUUAUUUCUUGUUAGAAGUUUUGUGCUUUUUGAGAUUACAUAUUAGAAGUCUGUUUAUUAAGUUAUUAUGUUUUUGUUAACCAGGAAUUAAGAAAACAGACCAGGAUUUCUUAGCAUCUCAAACAUGAAAUCUGAUAAUAUAGUAUCUUUUGUAUGUUAUGUAAUGCACAUUUAAUCCAAGUUGAUGUUUUUUACUUUA